CUUUGCUGUCUCCAGUCUGGUUAUUCAGCUCGGCUAUCUCGCCUCGAGCUGGGCUCUGCAGAGGAUAUAUAGAACAAGGUCCGAGGGCCUUUGUUCGCUCUUUCUUUUCAAACAGGCUGGUUCCACAAACCCAUUUCCGCACCAGAAAGAUCGUAAUCCAACGCCUAAUCUCACCUAACCCCCCAAAGUCCAUACCCUCACAUCGAUCACCUCGUACUCAAUAUGGUCGCCACGCAAAACUGGAAUUCGAAUGUCACAAUCACCCACAUUGGUACCGCCACCGCGAUCAUCGAGAUCGAAGGUGUCCGAUUCCUUACCGACCCCGUCUUCGGGCCGGCCGGUGUAUACGAGUCCAUGCCCGGUGUCCCGUUGACCCAGGUGCAGGACCCGGCUAUGAAAUUAGAAGACCUGCCAGUCAUCGACUGCUGUCUGGUCUCCCACGAGGAUCAUGACGACAACCUCGACACGCUCGGCAGGCAGAUGCUCGACGGACGCCAUGUCCUCACUACGAUGGAUGGAGCGAAGAAGCUCGCCCCUCGUCCUGCCGUUCAGGGAUUGAAGCCAUGGCAAACCGUUGAACUCGUUCUUCAGGGCAAAAAAUUCACCAUCACCGGAACCCCCUGUAUGCACUUCGAGGUCGGCGAGGUCACGGGAUUCAUCAUCGAGCUCGACUCUUUCGGAAAGGCCGAGGACGGUCGCCCUAACGCUGUAUACGUGUCGGGAGACACGAUCUACAUCGACGAGUUGAAAAAGAUCAAGGAGAAGUGGCAUAUCGCCGUCGCCGUGCUCAACUUUGCAGGCGUGGUCUUCCCUUUCCAAAGUCGAGGUGGCGAACCGACGAUGAUCACGUUUGACGGCGCGUCCGGUGCUCAGCUCUUCAAAGACCUCGAGGCGGAUCGGUUGGUGCCUAUGCACUUUGAAGAGUGGACACACUUUGUCGAGUUGAAGGACGAUCUCAGGAAGGCCCUAGACAAGGCUGGAGUAGCGGAACAAGUGACUUGGUUGUCCCGGGCGAAAGAGGUCCGGGUAUUGUAGGACGGCUUCAACCUACCAUACGUACACGUCUGUCCCUCUAACAGCGCCGGACCUGAAAGCUCAGUAUGGAUCUAAGAUGGCUAUUAGAGCUGUUUACCUUAUG